AUGCCCUCAUCCCCCUCCCAGCAGACAAUCCAUGAGGGGGCCAUUUGUCCUGCCUGCACAGAGCCCCUGGAGGAUGCAGUGACUGCCAGCUGUGGACACGCCUUCUGCCAGCCCUGCCUCCCCCUGUCCUCCCAGAUGGGAGCCCACCACUCCAGCAGGGUCCUGCUCUGCCCCCUCUGCCAGCAGAAGGAGCAGCCGGAGAGCCUCCUGGUCCCUUUGCCCCUGGGCCCUCUGGGGGAGACCUACUGUGAGGAACACGGUGAGAAGAUCUAUUUCUUCUGUGAGAAUGAUGCGGAGUUCCUCUGUGUGUUCUGCAGGGAGGGUUCUGCCCACCAGGCCCACACUGUGGGGCUCCUCGAGGAGGCCAUUCAACCCUACCGGGAUCGUCUCAGGAGUCGGCUGGAAGCUCUGAACAUGGAGAGAGAUGAGAUUGAGAACAUAAAGUGUCGGGAAGACCAGAAGCUCCAAGUGCUUCUGACUCAGAUUGAAAGCAAGAAGCAUCAGGUGGAAGUAACUUUUGAGAGGCUGCAGCAGGAGCUGAAGGAAAAGCAGCGACUCCUGCUGUCCCAGCUGAGGGACCUGGAACAGCAGAUCUGGAAGGAGCGGAAUGACUAUAACGCGAAGGUCUCGGAGGAAAUAGCCCGGCUUGGAGCCCAAGUCACGGAGCUGGAGGAAAAGUGUCAGCAGCCAGCAAGUGAGCUCCUGAAAGAUGUCAGAUUCAACCAGAGCAGGUGUGAGACGAAGACUUUUGUGAGUCCGGAGGCCAUUUCUCCUGACCUUGUCAACAAGAUCCGUGAUCUCCACAAGAAAAUACUCCCUCUCCCAGAGAUGAUGAGAAAGUUCUCAGAAAAUUUGGUGCUUCAUCUGGAGACAGAUUCAGGGGGCGUUACUCUAGACCCUCAGACCGCCAGCAGGAGCCUGGUCAUCUCGGAGGACAGGAAGUCGGUGAGGUACACCCGGCAGAAGCAGAACCUGCCCGACAGCCCCCUGCGCUUUGAGAGGCUUCCGGUGGUGCUGGGCUCCCGGGGCUUCUCCUCCGGCCGCCACAGCUGGCAGGUGGAGGUGCAGCUAGGGGAUGGCGGCGGAUGCACGGUGGGGGUGGCCCAGGAGACGGUGAAGAGGAAGGGGGACAGAGGGCUGAGCGCCGACGAGGGCAUCUGGGCCGUGAUACUCUCGCACCAGCAGUGCUGGGCCAGCACCUCUCCAGGCACUGACCUGCUGCUGGACGAGAUCCCUCGCCACGUGUGCGUCACCCUGGACUAUGAGGCAGGCCGGGUGACCCUUCAGAACACCGAAACAGGGGCGCCCAUCUUCACCUUCACCACCUCUUUCUCGGGCAAAGUCUUUCCUUACUUUGCCGUCUGGAAAAAGGGCUCUAGCCUCACUUUGAAAGUAUCUGAUAGGUGGUAUAGAGGAGAAAGCAGUGCCCUGGGAUCCAGCUCUGCCCCUGGCCAGCCGCGGGACCUUGGGCGUCUCAUUGUCCCCAAGUGA